AUUAUUGUCGUCGUCGGGAAUCCCUUCCUUACUCUCCACCCAUGUUUUCCAGGUGAACAGAAACGCGUCCACGCCAACGAUUUGACACGUUCUGCUCGUGCUCAGCGCAAGUCCUACCGUCGGCUCGUAUCAACUUCUGCACUCCACUCUGCCAAAGGCCGUGGAUCCACGUCCAAGCGACCCGCAGGACCAUGGCUGUUCUGAAGUCAUCCUCGUCGAUCCUUUGCAAUCAAUUGGUCGCGGCGUCUCAACUUGAGACCUCCUCAAGUCAGCUCGAUGGAGUUCCACCUAGUUUGGAGGACGCGAUACGCUUCCACUCUGCCCACCUGCUACAGGCUGCAGGCAUUCUUCUUCGUCUGCCACAGGACCUCAUUGCACAGGCCAUUGUCCUUUUGUUCCGUUACUGGACUGGUCCUGAUGGCGGGAGUAUGCUAGACUCUGAUGCCAAGGAUGUCGCUGCCGCCGCCCUCUUCCUCACGGCCAAACCCACCGGCCACGCUGUCAGUCCACGACAAGUCCUGAUUGUGUUCGAAUUUUUGACACGCCUACCAGCGGCUCAACGGACCGCUGCAGCAUCAUCAUCACACGCAACAAAGCUUGAUGACGAAAGUCGCCUGCCAACCGACAUAUCAUGGUCUCUUCCCGAACCUGACUUUCUUGCCGCACGCGCUCGCCUGUACCACCACGAAUCUCGAAUACUCCAAACCCUGGCCUUUUCCACACACGUAGCGCUGCCUCAUGGUCUGUGCAUAAAUUACCUGCAAACACUCGAUGUCUUUGCCCCGUCGUCUGCCCUUGGCGCGUCGUCUGGUGCGUCCCUCGCCCGUCAAGCUCUCGCCAAUCUCAAUACCGCCCUACUGAGUCCCCAAAUGCUCUACCUCACUCAUCAACCCAAUGCCUUAGCCACUGCAGCUAUAUAUCUUGCCGCGAGACAAGUGAGUGUGAACUUGCCCGAGGUAGAAUGGUGGGAGGUGUUUGAUGUUGAGCGCGAGGAGUUGGGGUUCCUUGUGGUGGCGAUGCAGUCUACUGUUAAGUACGCCGAGGAGGAGAUAAAGAAGCUCGCGCAAGGCGCUGAGAGCGAGUGGUCGUUACUGUUGACUGCCAAGGGCGUCCGCACGUGUAUGCAGAAAGCAAACGAAUGAGCUGACCGACCAUGGCAAAUUGACACUCAGAGAAUUGCAUCGUCCUCUUGUUCUGAACGGCUCAGAAGUCGCGAUCUGGCUGGGAGAGGCUUUCAAGUCUGAGCCCGAAUGCAAUGGAGCGGGAACUGCGAUGGCAUGCUGAGUGGCAAUCACAUGUCCAUCUUGAUGGCUGAUGAAUCAUAAAGCGAUUUGCCCUCUGGGAACUCCUCAGGUAAGUGUAUCUUCCAGGGCGUGGUGAAGAUAUUGUCCUGAGCCUGGAGAGAGCGUGAAUGCCAUGAUGACAGAAGUCACUGGCAGGUUGGUGACGGCGUGGUGAACGUUUCAAGAUUGAUUGGGAACCUUGGAAGAAACACGUCUUGCACGAUGCCGGAGGUACCGUUGGAGGUACAAUUUAGGACAUCUUGAGGUUGAGAAACAAUGUCAGAACGGAUUCACGCGGUCAGGUGUCAUUAUCAGUGAAGUGUAUGAAGACC